UGCCAUGGGAGACCUGCAGACCCAGGUGGGGGAGAGCAGAGCCCUGCUGCACAGGAGGCCCAGCCGUUCCUCCCCCACCACGCUGGCGCUCCAUGGAAGCCUUGGUCUGUGCGUUCUCUGAGCUGCGCAUAAGAGAAGGUGCCGGGCUGCAGGGAGGAGUGGCAGGAGGAGAGAUGCACUCCUAUUCUGACCUGGGCCCAAAGCCACCAGUGGCCUCAGGGACAUGCAUGCUUGGGAGAGGGGAAUGGCCACUGGUCUAGGCUGUGUGACCCUGGACUGUGAUCCCGGACCCACUGCAAUUUCUAUACUGACACCAGAAUGCUCUUUCUAGGAUGCAGUGAGCUGGACCCGAGGACAUCCCAGCCACCCCGACACACCACCCAACAUCUACGAGGGGGGUCUGGGGGCCCAGCAGCAGCAGUGCCCCAGUGCCCAGGGAAGCAAACCCAAGAACUUCCGGCUGCGCCACCUCCGGGGCCUGGCUCUCUACCUGCCAGGCCACAUGCAGGCUGCUGGCCAGUGUGAGAGCCACUGGCUAGGCCGGCUCAUGGCCAGGGGCUGCCUCCCACGGCCUGAGAGCAUGGUCUGGCCCCUAGACCUGCCACAGGGGACUCUGGGCUCCGUUAACAGCCAUUGCUCAGCCCUUCUGGAAGCUCCAGUGCCCAGGGACAGCCUGGGAAAUACAGCUUCCAGUUCCAGCAUGGACCCAGCCAAGGGUGUCCCCUCCCAGCUGGGUCCCUCCGAAGGCUUGGGGCUCAGAUCCAAGAGGUCCUGGGGGGCCUCAGAGGAGUCCACAUGUCCCUUAUGCAAGCGAACCCGCUCUGGGGCUCUGGAGAGACCAUAGGGAUCUGAGUGCCAAGCCUGGCUGUCCCAGCUGUGGACAGGAGGAAAAAGGAUGGCUCAGGAGGAGGCAGGAAGGGCUCAGUCCCUACCGGCAGUCGUCCCACACUGAGACACCCCAGCAGCUGCCCAGCACCAGAGCUUGGGCUAGCCUCAGGAAGAAGACUUAAGGGGGGGGAGGGAGGAGGAAGUCCUUCAGGAGGAGCAGAAAAAAUAGAAGCCCUUGCAGCCUGCUCCAGCUCAGGUCGGCCACUUGUCCCUGGGAGGCCAGGCUGAGCGGAGAUUUAGGCCCCAAGAGGCCGGGGAGCCUGAAGGUCUAAUUUCAAUAAAAGCCAAGG